CAUACAAAAUUAAUAUUAAAAAAUUAAUACAUUUGACGAGGUAAAAAUGUCAUUUGGAAAGCUUUACGGUUAUCCAGAAAACUCUAGAACGAUUGCUCUUUUGAUAGUUGCAAAAGAAAAUAAUCUUGAUAUAGAACUUGUUGUUGAAAAUCCCAGCCUUGGAUUAAGCAAAGAAUAUUUGGAACGUUUUCCAAAGAAAAAAAUACCAGGGUUUUUGGGUUCAGAUGGGUUUUGUUUGACAGAAACAAAUGCUAUUGCUAUUUACUUUGCAAGUCAAAAUGAAAAAACGACACUACUUGGAAAAACCAAACAAGAAUAUGCAUCAAUUCUUCAAUGGAUGUCUUUUGCAAAUACAGAUCUUAUUCGAUCUAUUGCUUUAUGGUUUUUUCCAUUAGUUGGCAGGAUGCCGUAUUCCAAAAAAGUGGUAGAUGAAAACCAGGAAGAGGCUAAUCGACUUUGUAAAUAUAUAAAUUGCUUUUUGAAAUCAAGGACAUUUUUUGUUGGAGAACGUUUAACGCUUGCGGAUUUAGUUAUGGCUGCUCAUCUUACACCUGGAUUUUUAACAGUUUUUGGAGCAGAAUGGAGGCGUGGAUUUCCAAAUCUUGUUCGAUGGUAUUUAACUGUUGUUAAUCAACCUAUUUGGACUGCAGCAUUACCCGUUCCAGUAAUGAUUGAAGAACCGGUUAAAUAUGUCCCUAAGGAGCCGGAAAAUGAAACAGUUCCAGCCAAAUCAGAUUCUGAAUUGGAAGAAUCGUCAGCGAAGGAAUUAAAUCACACUUCUAACUCUUCACUUCCACGUUCAUUUGUUUUGGAUGAAUGGAAGCGUCAAUUUUCUAAUAAUGAUCUUAAAACUGCUAUGCAAUGGUUUUGGCAGCAUUUAGAUACAGAAGCAUACUCUUUAUGGCGAUUAGAUUAUAAAUAUAAUGACGAACUUGGAUUAAUUUUCCAAAGUUCAAAUCUUUGUGGAGGUUUUUUUCAAAGGCUUGAUGCAAGUAGAAAAAGCAUUUUUGGAUCUUUAGUUGUCUAUGGACAAAACCGUGACAAUAUUAUUAGUGGUGUAUUCCUUAUUAAGGGUAAAGACUUUAAGCCAGUCUUUGAUGUAGCUCCUGAUUGGGAAUCCUAUGAUUUUGUAUCUCUUGAUCCUGCCAAGGAAGAAGAUAGAAGGCAUAUUGAGUCUGUCUGGGGUCGAAAUGAUCCAAUUGAAAUCAAUGGUAGGAUUUAUGUUGCUGCAGAUGGAAAAAUUUUUAAAUAAAUUACUGUUUAUUACAUUUUUAAUGUACAAAACAAUGUAUGUGGC